AUGCCCGAUUUAUUCGAUAAUUUCUUUAAUAAAAUUACUACAAAAUUUAGUGGUGGUCAUACUACUCAUUAUUAUGGUGGUUCUUCUCAAGUAAAUACUGGUAAAUUUUAUAAUUAUCAUUCUACUCCAAAUAAUAAUAAUUAUUGGUUACCAACUAAAAAGAAAGAAGAAGAAACAAAAGAUGUUAAAGAUCGUGAUGAGUUAUUAAAUAGAUCAAGAUUUAAUAGUGUUGCAACUAGUGAAAGUGAUCAAUCUACAAGUACAUAA